GGAGGGCGAUGUCGCCAGCUUCCUCCCGACGAACCGAGUGUGGCGCAAGUCAAACAGACUUCCAGACGCGAUUCGACGAGCCAAGGGAGGCGCUGGCCUAGAGCGCUGAUGACUGAUGAUGGGCCAUCGGGACGUCGUGGAGCGGAUUUUCCUUGUAUGCACCGCAUGCUGUAUAUAUAACCAGUCUGCCUGCGCCAUAACCUCGCUGCGACCAUAUUCAAAGCAUCACAAUGGCUCCAGCAGCAACAUUCUCAUCUACCCAUCAACAGGAUCUAAAACACAUCUUCCCCGAUGGACUGAAGACAUCCGGCCAACAUCCUCCUCUCUUUGAUCAGCUUCAGCCAUAUCCCGAAUUCCCUCAAGAAAUCACAUCGACGUCAACGGUCUGGAAAGCCGAGGAUUACAGCAAUCAUGCGGAGCGCUGGACGCACGUCUUCAGCAACGAGGAGAUUGCCGAGCUUAGCCAUGCCGCCGACAACUUUAUCGCCUCCGACACGCCAUUGACCGGAAUCACGAGGGACCUGUUUCCCCUCCCUAUCCUUGGCUCGUUCUUUGGGGCUGUGCGGAACGAGCUGCUCAAUGGGAAGGGUUUCAUCCUUUUCAAGGGCCUUCCGGUGGAUGACUGGAGCCUGCAAAAGAGCGCAGUGGCAUACAUGGGACUAGGAUCAUACUUUGGCUACUUUACCAGUCAGAAUGGACGGGGUCAUGUACUCGGUCAUGUCAAAGACCUCGGCGCCGAUGCAUCCCAACCUGAUAAAGUCCGGAUAUACAGGACUAACGCUAAACAAUUCUUCCACACGGACGAGACGGACUUCGUCGGUCUGCUAUGCAUCGCCAAAGCCCUCGAGGGCGGCGAGUCGGACAUUGUCUCCACCCACCACGUCUUCAAUACUCUUCAGCGCGAGCACCCGGAUGUCGCGGAGCUAAUGUGCACACCUUGCUGGUACUUUGACCGCAAAGGGGAAGUCAGCGAGGGCGAGGAGCCCUAUUACCGAUCAAGCAUCUUCUACCUCGAGCCCAACAGCGAGUCCCCGCGAGUUUGGGCCAAAUUCGAUCCUAUGAACGUCGUAUCUCUCGCACGUUUCAGCGAGGGCCCGAGUGCAAAGAUCCCGCCGUUAUCAGAUGCGCAGAAGCGAGCCCUGACAAUUUUUGACGACACUUGCCAGAGACUGGCACUGCACAUGAUCCUGGACCCGGGGGAUAUCCAACUGCUGAGCAACAUGCAAGUCUUCCAUGCUCGCACGGCGUACAAGGACUACCCGCCGGGCUCGGUAGACGAGCGGGGCCGCGAGAGAGUGAGGCGACACCUGAUGAGGCUUUGGCUGUCGGUCCCCGAAAGCGAAGGUGGCUGGAGAACACCAUUCCACGACACUGACGACAAGAAACGCGGCGGCGUGCAAGUGGACUUGACACCGCCCGUAUGCCCUUACGAUGCAGAGUGAUUGCAUUUUACUCUACAGCGACA